AUGGACGACCGAACCAUCCACGUCACUCUGAACGAUAUGCUUGGUCGGCCCGCUUCCCUCGAACGACUCGCCAUGGCGUACUCGAGAGUGACCGCCCUAGCCUGCGCGCUGCCCCUGGUGGCGCUCGUGCUGACGUCGCUUUGCCUCAACGCUUCCGCCGAGCUCGCCAUUCCCGAGGCUGCCUCAUCCGCCCUUGCCGCCGCCAUGUCCGGCGACCUGGCUCAGCUCGACGCCUCCAAUGCUCUCAGCGACGAUGCUGCGACGAGGAGGAUUCUCGACGACGAUGAUGAUGACGAGGACAAGAAGAAGAAGAAGGACAAGAAGAAGAAGGAUAAGAAGUCGAAGAAGUCGCCUCCCACUCCCUCCCCUUCCACUCCCACCACUCUCACCACGCCGAACAAGAACGGCGGCAAGAAGACGCCUCCCACUCCCAAAACCCCCGCCACUCCCGGCAAGCCCGCCACUCCCGGCGCCCCCGGCGCGGGGAAGCCGGCGGUGAAGCUGAGCGGGUCGGACUCGAAGGUGGUAUCGCUGCUGGAUGCGGCGGCGGUGGAUGUGGACAGCGCCAAGGCGAAGCUGACCGUCAAGACGUACGUCAAGAGCCUCACGGACACGGCGGCGGCGCUGCGCAACGCGGCGAUUCUGAUCCGCACGGGGCAGCGCACGCUGGUGGCGGGGCAGAUCAGCAACUCGAUCGCCACCAUCAACGGCGUGAGCAUGAUGCUCCCCGCCGGCGGCGCCGACAAGAGUCUGCUCGCGUCCGCACUCGGCAAGGCGCAGAGCGCCAAGGCCGCGUGGAAGGCGUAA